GCGCCGUCCGCACUUUCUCCGCGGAGCCCCUCCCUCCACUGUGGGGUCUGCGCAUCUCCUCCAGCUCCACCAUGUGGAGCAGACGCCAAGGCCUCCUCCGGUCUGCGGGCUGCGGCGUGGAGGAACUCCGGCGCCGCCGUCGGGAGCGGGAGGCAGCUCUGCGGAAGGCGCGGAGGGAGCAGCAGCUGGUCAGCAAGAGAUUGCUGAGAGAUGAAACCCCGGAAGAAGCCGAAGGAGAAUGUGUGGCCGCCAUCCUCGGGGAAGCCGAGAUGAGCAAUUUAAGUUCAGGAGGAGCUGUUGUUAGCUAUAUUAUCCAGCAGUUCCUGAGGCUAGCCCACCGGGGCACAGAGGAAAAAGAGAGAGAGAGGGCUCUGUUUAGUCUUCGUCGGGGAUUGCAGCACUCAGAGACACAGAAGACCUUCAUCAGGCUGGAGGGAAGCAUGCGGACCCUGGUGGGACUCCUGACCAGCAACCAGGCGCUGCUUCAGCUUGAGGCAGCUCGCUGCCUUCAUGAGCUCUCUCACUCAGAGCACUCUGUGGUGGCUGAGGCCUGCCUGCCAGCUACUUCCUAUCUUCUCACCUACCUCUCAGGCCACAGCUCAGAGUUUAUAGAACUCUGCCUGUAUACACUGGGUAACCUAAUUGUGGAGAGUGAGGUUGUGAGGAGGCAGCUCCUGCCACAGGGCAUUAUUCCAGCCAUGGCAGCUUGCAUGCAGUCACCCCACCUGCCUGUGCUGGAAGCGCUUGGAUAUGCCUUGUCCCAGCUUCUGCAGGCUAAAGAAGCACCAGAGAACAUCAUUCCCUCUGUUCUAGGUUCCACUCUCCCUCAGCACAUGCUGCAGCUCUUGCAACCUGGUCCAAAGCUAAAUCCUGGGAUUGCUGUGGAGUUUGCUUGGUGUCUUCAUUACAUCAUCUGCAGCCAGGUCAACAAUGCCCUGCUCAUCACCCAUGGGGCUCUGUCCACUCUGGGGCUGUUACUGUUGGACUUGGCCGGGGCUGUCCAGAGAACUGAGAAUGCAGGACUGGAGCUGCUGGCAUGUCCUGUACUUCGAUGUUUAAGCAACUUGCUAACAGAGGCAGCUGUAGAGACUAUAGAUGGGCAAAUGCAACAUGGGGAUGAGCGCAUUCUGGCAGCCCUUUUUAUCCUUCUGCAGUUCUUCUUUGAGAAACAGCCCAGCCUGCUUCCUGAGGGCCUUUGGCUCCUGAACAACCUCACUGCAAACAGCCCUAGUUUCUGUACCUCCUUGCUCUCCCUGGAUCUGACUGAGCCCCUCUUGAAGUUGUUGCCAGUAUCAAAUGUGGUGAGCGUAUUGGUGCUCACAGUUCUGUGCAACGUUGCAGAGAAGGGUCCUGCUUACUGUCAGCAUUUGUGGCCAGGGCCCUUGCUCUCCUCCUUGUUGGACAUGCUGGCCCUAUCUGACACUGAAGUAGUAGGCCAGAGUUUGGAGCUACUGCAACUGCUGUUCCUCUAUCGGCCAGAGGCUGGCCAUGCCUUCAUGCAGCAGUCAGGGCUGCAAGCCCUGGAAAGGCAUAAGGAGGAGGCACAGCUCCAGGAUCGGGUACAUGCUCUCCAGCAGAAAGCUCUUCAUGGGUGAACUGACUUCCUCUGCAACACCUCCUUUUCUUCUCCCUGCCAUUUCCUAGUCACAGAGAUUUUCAUUUGGGAAUUUAGAAGCAUAAUGAGGUCUCAUGGACUGUGCUCCCACAUCUCCUAAGACAUCUUUACCUAGCACUGUCCGGCCACAAGACCAGAGAAGCAUGAUAUGGCCUAUUUAUUUGGGGGCCCAGAGAUCUCUCUCUUUUUCCCCUUCAUUUCACUUUAGUACCUGGUGGCUUUUGAUGGAGUAGAAUAAAGUUUAAAUGGUUUUGCCUCAGAUGUUGCACAAUAAAGGAUUGUGGGUAGAAUGAGAAGAA